UGACUUGGCGACUUCCUUUCGCGUUCUUUCAGGGAAAGCGAAAUCGAAAUGGUUUACAGUUCAGCGUAUCGAAGGGCCUACAAGGAACCUUUGUGGGAUAACUUUAGCAAGGAGGAAUUUAUUAGCAAGUUGCAGUACAGAUCAGAUCGAAGGUCGGUGGAACAUCGCCAUCAGCCGUGGAGCUGGGACAGCGAAAGUGAAGAAGAUGAAGAUAUUGAAGAGAUUCCUGGAGACGAUGGCAGCUACAAUGGAGGUCGCCGCGAGUUUGUUCCACGUGAGGACAGAAUAGAUAAAAAAGUACCAAAACAAGCUUGGGAAGAGAGGAAAGAGAUUAAAGAAAACGGUCAUGCUGUUGACAAGACUUUUGUCCUACCUGAAAAGCUGAAGUAUGGAGAAGAAGAAGAGGAAAAACCAAAACAUCCGCAUGCUGCGGGCGAUUCGGGAUCGAAGGAACGCGAUCGGGGCGCGCGGAAACAUCACAGAUCAUCUGAAGAAAAAAGAAAACACCGAUCACAUUCAGCUUCCCCCGAAAAGAAUCAGUACUCUGAGGAAAGAAAGAAGAAAGCUCCUUUCCUUCCGUACGGAAGGGGUAACGAAGGACCUGUAGACAAGUGGAAAACUCACAAUGUGCUUGCUGCACUGCCAGAGGUUUAUCCUGCUGCCCUUCGUGCACAGAAAAGAAGACAGCAAGAGAUAAAAAAGAAAGCACAACUCCGAGAAGAAGCAGUGAAGAAGAAAGAGGUGCCUUCACAUUUUGAUGUAGAUGUUGCUUUUCCUAAAACUUGGUGGAUGACUGAGUAUCAAAGGAACUUUUGUAAAGAGGAAGAUGUCAAAAGACAUUUUCUGAGAUAGCAUACAGUACAUCUGUUAGGUGUAUUGGAAAGUGUGUUUUUGCUGGACAAGACAGAUUGCUAUUUGAGUUUUUAAUUUUGUAAAAUAGGCCAAAAAAAAAAAA